CCAGGAGGCCUGGAAGCAGAGCCGUGGUAGAGCUACAUGGACAUCCCCAUCAGCACCAGAGACUUCCGCUGCCUGCAGCUGGCCUGUGUGGCCCUCGGCCUGGUGGCAGGCAGCAUCAUCAUCGGUGUCUCCAUGUCCAAAGCUGCUGCUGCUGUGGGUGGCAUCUUUCUCGGUGCCGCUGGGCUUGGGCUCCUCAUCUUCGCCUACCCCUUCCUGAAGGCUCGGUUCAACCUGGACCACAUCCUACCUGCUCUAGUAAAUGGGAAUUGGGGAUGUUCUCGUCCUGCAGGAAACCUAAGAAUUCAUCCUAACUCAGGACCAGACCAUGGGGAGGGAAGGUCUAACAACAGCAGCAAUAAGGAAGGAGCUCGUAGCAGCCUGUCUACUGUGACCAGAACCCUGGAGAAGCUGAAGCCUGGAGGCCGAGGAACUGAGGAAAACUAAGGCACAGCUUCCUGGCCCUCCCUCCCUCUCCUGGUACUCCCAUCUCAGGGCC